AUGCGAGGUAAAACUUCAGCUGAUCAACUGUUGUUCGAUCCCGAGAUCGAAGCUACAGCUAGAAGGAACAAUAGCAAGACAAAUAGGAGAAAACAAUUAGCUAAGCAAAGAAAGGAACAAGAAGCAUCAUCUUCUUUAAUCUCUUCAAGAAAUCAAGAACAAAACAUCAUGGCAGCUGCUCCAGGUCGUGAAAAUGGAGAUGACAAUGCAGGUUUUGUGAACUUCACACCGAGGAAUAUGACAAGAAUCGGAAGACCUGCAGGUAAUGAGAAGCCACCUGAGAUGAAGUCCGGAUUGGUGCAGCUAAUGUAUGCCAACCCAUUUGCUGGUUUGGACCAUGAGAAUCCGUACACGCAUUUGACAAAGUUCUAUGAACUUUGUGGUACUGCUGGCCUUGCACAAACUGAGGAAGAAGUUGUGUUUCUGAGGCUCUUUCCCUUGACUUUGAUUGGGAAAGCUAAAGACUGGUUUUUGGAUCAGCCACAAACCAUUUUAUCUGAUUGGAAUGAACUUGAAAGGAAAUUCAUGGCAAGGUAUUUCUCUGAAUCAAAAUUCAUGAAUUGUAAAACUGCUAUUUCUACUUUUUCCCAGUUUGCAGGUGAAAGCCUAUGUGAAGCUUGGGAGAGAUUUAAGUCUAUGCUGAGAAAGUGCCCAAAUCAUGGGUUUGAUGCUCGAACUCAAAUUCAUAUAUUCAGAAAUGGUUUGGACAAACAAAGCAAGCUGAUCUUGGAUGCUACAUCUGGAGGGUCUCUUAUGGCUAAAACACCUACUGAAGCCAUUCAGAUUAUUGAGGCUAUGACUCUAAACGACCAACAAGAUCAACACCAUCGUGGUCCACCAAGGAGAGGUGGAAUGAUUGAGCUAGGGACAAAUGAUGUUGUUUUGGCUCAAAACAAGCAGCUUCAACAACAACUAGAUGAAGUGAAACAUAAGCUCGCAGAUCUUCCAAAGCAACUAAAGGAGAUGCGUGAUUCCUCUUCUAGAAAACAGGUAUAUAGAUGUGAUGUUUGUGCAGGUGAUCAUCAUACUAGUAGCUGUGAUCAGAAUCAAGAAGAAGUGAACUAUGUGGGAAAUCAGCAGAGGCAAGGUCAGUACCAGAACAACUACCCUAGGGGAGGUAACCAGUACAAUAACCAACCUUGGAGGCAAGACACAGGACCAUCAUCUAGCAGGGCACCACCAUUACCUUAUCAGAAUCAACAAUACCAACAACCACCAGUGGAUAGGACUGCAAAGCUAGAAGACACACUGAAUCAAUUCAUGCAGAUGUCCAUGGCCAACCAUAAAAAUACUGAUGCAUCUAUUAAAAACUUAGAAGUACAGGUUUGA